AUGGGAAAGCUGCUGAGCCUGCUGGCCCGGGAUGAAUCAACCUGCUGCACGCCGAAAACGUACGACGUGUUUCUCGAUUUCGAGAAUGCCGCCCCAACCGACCUGGAGCGGGAGGUGUACGAGGAGGUGGACCAUGUCCUGCGCCAGUCCGAGAUCGUCCUCGAUGAAAUCCAGUGUUACAAGGGAGCUGGCAAGGAAAUACGGGAAGCCAUCGCGGACCCAUCACCAGAGUGUCAGGAGAAGGCCUGGAACAUUGUGAUACCGCUGGUGGAGAAGCUGAAGCGAUGCUACGAACAUUCGCUCGAGCUGGAACGGAUCGUACCGAAGCUGCUUGGCCAGCUGGUCGGUGGUCGGCUUAAUCCAACGCAACAUCUCGAAACGCAGCAAGCCCUUGUGAAGCAGCUGGCAGAAAUCCUCGAGUUUGUGUUGAAAUUCGACGAAUACAAGAUGAAAACACCAGCGAUACAGAACGAUUUCAGCUACUACAGACGCAUUGCCAGCCGGCAGCGACUCGACCAGACGAACGAGAUGGUCAUCAGCACCGAGCUGGCGAAUCGGAUGUCCCUGUUUUAUGCGCACGCAACGCCCAUGCUCAAGGUCCUGAGCGAGGCGACGUCCAAGUUCGUGCAGGAUAACUCCGAUAACGUCGACAAUACGACCGAAACGCUUGGCACGAUGGCGAAGGUGUGCCUGAGGAUGCUUGAGAACCCCAAACUGUUGGCACAAAUUGAACGCGAAGAGACGCACCUGCUGCUGCUACGAGUAAUGGUCGGGCUGGUGAUACUGUACGACCACGUGCAUCCGGUUGGUGCAUUCGCACGUGGUGCCCACGUGGACGUCAAAGGAUGCGUACGGUUGCUGCAAGCGCAACCGGCCGUCAAAGCGGAACCCCUGCUGAAUGCGCUCCGCUACACGACGAAGCACCUGAACGAGGACAACACGCCGAAAAAUAUUCGUAAUCUACUCGCUGCCUAA